GGUCCCGACUCCAGCCGCACCUCCUCCGGCUCUGCAGAGGCGGCAGGGAGGCGAGCCGGAGCGCCUGCGGGGCCGAACCCGAGCCGGGGUCGGGGUAACCGCGAGGACCCCCGGAGGCGGGGCCUGUGGGACCGCGAUGGGCGUGGAGAUCGAGACCAUCUCCCCGGGAGACGGAAGGACAUUUCCGAAGAAGGGCCAAACAUGCGUGGUACACUACACAGGGAUGCUUCAAAAUGGGAAGAAAUUCGAUUCAUCCAGAGACAGAAACAAACCUUUCAAGUUCAGAAUUGGCAAACAGGAAGUCAUCAAAGGUUUUGAAGAGGGUGCAGCCCAGAUGAGCUUGGGGCAGAGGGCGAAGCUGACCUGCACCCCUGAUGUGGCAUAUGGAGCCACAGGCCACCCUGGUGUCAUCCCUCCCAAUGCCACCCUCAUCUUUGACGUGGAGCUGCUCAACUUAGAGUGAAGGCAGGAAGGAACUCGAGGUGGCUGGAGAUGGCUGCUGCUCACCCUCUUAGCCUGCUCUGCCACUGGGACGGCUCCUCCUGUUUGGGGCUCUUGAUCAGUGUGCUAACCUCACUGCCCUGCGGUAUUAUCCAUUCUUUUUGCCCAAAUUGCUCUAUAUGUGUUUGUCAUUGUUCACGUGCAUCUUUGCUUGAGGAAACUUCAGCUGCAGAUCAAAACGUCAGAUUGUGCAUUUCAUGUGAUGCAUGUAGUAAUUAUUUCUGAUCACAGACCACAGAUUUCUUGUUUGCACAAUCUACACUGCCUUACCUUCACUUAAGCCAGAUACAAAAGGUGCUCAGACACGCAAUGUACAUGGUGUACACGAGGGACUUGAGCCAGUUACCUUUGCUGUCACUUAUAAAUUCUGUUGGCUGCUCACUUAAACAAUUGUCCUCUUUGGAAAUAAUAUGUAAAAUAAAGGCUCUGUGCUUGACAA